GAAGCGUUCCCUCCCUCCUUGAGCGCGCAGCUUUUUUGGGGGAAAACAGCGGUGGAAAAAAAAAAAUCCAGUCAGCGUUUUGUAGCACUUUCAGAUGACUUCUUCUACCUCGUUAGAGAUAUUGGCAUAGCUAUCACACAUCAUUUUGCGCCAGUUUAAGGACUGUUUUAGGGACAAAUUGUCUACAAGGGGCAACUGGAGCGGGCAGCUCUUAUAAUGCGGAGAGAUCAAGUCUCAGUAGUUUGUCGGCAUGAACGCAGCGCAGACGGACCCUGAGUAACUGCUCUUAUGGAUUGACUGGUUCUUUGAUUGGCAUUUGAUUUUUUUUUCCAGUGUCAGAGGAUUCUUUUUUCUUUGUCGUGAUUAGUCCAUUAUUCCGAAAAAAAAAAUAAAUAAAUAAAAAUUGUGGAUUACUUUUUGGGAAUCGAGGAUAUUUUCCGAGGUGCAUGUUUAUUUAAAAUUUUGAAUGAGGGUGUUUUACAGUUAUCCUGCGCCUGGGUCAAGGAUCCGGAGAGGGGAAUUAAUCUUUCAAAAGGUGGAAAUAUUAGUGUAAUUCGACCCCAGCUCAUCCUUCUUGUCCAAAAUGAAGUCUAUCACUGUGUGGAUGUGCGUCUGCACCCUUGUUCUGCUCCCAGAUGAGGCAAGUUCCUUGGAUGUUCCCUCAGCUUUGUCUGUAUCCUUGGCUAACGAUGCUCCAGGAUCUUCAAGCAUCAAGUCUGGCCCUGGAGCUCAGCAAGAAUGGGUGGACUGCAUUCAGGCAAGUGAAAUGUGUAACCAGGACCCUCAGUGCAGCUCUCGGUACAGAGUGAUGCGCCAGUGCCUUGUGGGCAAGGAGAAGGAUGCCAUGCUAGAUAGCAACAGGGAGUGCCAGGCUGCACUGGAAGUGCUGUUGGUUAGCCCUCUCUUUGACUGCCGUUGCAAGAGGGUCAUGAAGAAGGAGCCACAGUGUCUGCAGAUCUUCUGGUCUAUCCACAUGGGACGAGCUGAAGAUGAAGACAUGGAUGACUUAUCGCCGUAUGAACCUGUCGCACCCAACUGGCACCCUGACACAAGUCGCUUGGCUUCUAUCUCUUCAGGUAUCACAGGAAUGGUCACAGUGGCGCAGAAGGGUUUCCACUGUCCUGACACAGAGAAAGACUGCAACCCCUGCCUUGAUGCAGCCAAAGCAUGCAACUUAAAUGGGAGCUGCAAGAGGCAACGGUCUUCUUACAUCAAUGUAUGCAGCAAGGGGGACUUCAACCCUCGAGAAUCUUGCAGCAGGAAGCGCUGCCACAAGGCACUGAGGUCGUUCCUAGACCGUGUGCCCAGUGAGUUCAGCCACCGGCUACUCUUCUGCCCCUGCCAGACUGAAGGCUGUGCUGAGCGACGCAGGCAAACAAUUGUGCCCAACUGCUCCUAUAAAGAUAAGGAGAAAUCCAACUGUAUACAGCUACGGAAGGUCUGUCAGCAGGACUCUCUCUGCAGGUCUAGGCUGGCUGAUUACAUGGUGAACUGCAAGAUGACUCCAGACACAGCGAGCACCUGUCCCAACCAAGACAAUCACCAAGCCUGCUUGGCCUCCUAUGCAAGGCUCAUUGGGACAGACUUGACACCAAACUAUGUAGACAGCAGCUUCUCAGACUGGACCGUCUCCCCAUGGUGCACCUGCAAGGGCAGUGGAAACCAAGAGGAGGAAUGUCAGAUAUUCCUGCGGCACUUCACCAACAACACAUGCCUAAGAAAUGCCAUUCAGGCCUUUGGUUAUGGGAUCGACAACACACAGAACAAAAGUGUGUCUGUCCCAGGCCCCUCAGCGACACCGAAGCCAGAUCCUGGAUGGCCAGGGUACUUCUCAGAACAACCUCCUGUGACUAUCCCAAAGUAUCCUCAACCAAGAGGUGGUGUCACGGGCCUGGGAGAGGAUCACUCUUCUUGUCUCUAUGCCAGUGUCUGGGUUCUGCUUCCCAGCCUGGCUUUGGCUCUGGUCCUGGCCCAGCAUGCCUUAUAGAAGCGCCAGGAGGAGAAAAAAGAGGUCAUCCACCCACAAGCUGAUCCCAAAUGCAGAAGGUGUUAUUUCUGAGACUGAUAUAAAGAAGGCUGAAUCUCUGGACAGUUGACAUGGGUGGCAUUUAUGAAAGAGGAAAACGAAAGGCCGAGAGAGGUGGAAACGACUGAAAUUUUACAACUGUGAAUUUGUUGUUCAUUUAUCGUAUCAUUCGGGCAGACCACAACUGUGAUGGACCACAUGGCUUUACAAAGGACCCUUGGUAUAAGAGGCCAUGAAGGCCAUUCUCUGACUGAGACGCAAAAACUUAGAGGACUGAAGCUGCUCAUGUCAGAGACUUCUGCAUUUUUGUCACCAAAGGAGGGGGGGGGGGGGGAUGAACAACAAUUAAAACUAGGCAAGGCAAGAUUGUCAGAAAAGAAUAUUUUCCAGAGAGAAAAGGAAUGAGCUUGAGGUAAAUGUCGUAUAGUGAGAU